AUGCAACCCCGCAUGGGUGUUAGAGGUUUAUCCGCCAGUGCUCGCGUCGCUCGUUGGAAUGAAAUUCCUCUUGCUCCUCCAGACAAGAUUUUAGGCAUUGCUGAAGCUUUCAAGGAAGAUUCUAAUCCUAAAAAGAUCAACUUGGGUGUUGGUGCUUACAGAAACAACGAAGGUAAGCCCAUUAUUUUCCCAAGUGUUAAGAAUGCUGAACGUUCUCUCUUGGAAACUGAAGUCGAAAAGGAAUACACUGGGAUUAAUGGUUCUAAGCCUUUCCAAUCUAUUGUUCAAAACUUUAUCUUUAACAAUUCCAACAAGGAUGCUGCUGGUGCCAAAUUGAUUGGCGGUAAUCGUAUUGUCACCGCUCAGACCAUUUCUGGUACUGGUUCUCUUAGAGUUAUUGCUGAUUUCCUUGUUCGUUUCAACUCUGCUAAGAAGAUUUAUGUUCCUAAACCAACUUGGGCUAACCAUAUUGCUGUUUUCACCGAUGCCGGUUUGGAUGCUGAAUUCUAUGCUUACUACGAUAAUAACGCCAAUGAUUUGGACUUUGCUAACUUGACCAAAUCUUUAGAGGAUGCUGAUCCUGAAUCAGUUGUUCUUUUGCAUGCUUGUUGUCAUAACCCAACUGGUAUGGACUUGACUCCAGAACAAUGGGAAGUUGUUUUGGAAAUCAUCCAACAAAAGAAGUUGUACCCAUUGAUUGAUAUGGCUUACCAAGGGUUUGCAUCUGGUAACCCAUACAAGGAUAUUGGAUUAAUCCGUAGAAUCAACCAAUUGGUUGUUGAAGGUAAGAUUCCUUCUUACUCUUUGUGCCAAUCCUUUGCCAAGAACAUGGGUCUUUACGGUGAAAGAACUGGUUCUAUUUCCAUUGUUACUGAAUCCCCUGAACAAAGCAAAGCCAUUGACUCUCAAUUGAAGAAAUUGAUUAGACCAAUGUAUUCAUCUCCUCCAAUUCACGGUUCCAAAAUUGUGGAAACUAUCUUUAGCAACCCUGAAUUACUUGAAUCAUGGUUAGGUGACUUGGACCAAGUUGUUGGUCGUUUGAACACUGUCAGAGACAAGUUGUACCAAAAGUUGGACAAGACCAACUACAACUGGGAUCAUUUGACCAAACAAAGAGGUAUGUUUGUCUACACUGGUUUGUCCAAGGAACAGAUGAUUGCUUUGAGAGAAAAGUAUUCUGUUUAUGCCACUGAAGAUGGUCGUUUCUCCAUUUCUGGUAUUAAUGAUAGUAAUGUCGACUACUUGGCUAAUGCCAUCAAUGAAGUUGUAAGAGACUUCAAAUAA